CAACGUAGUGAGCCUACGGAUUCGGACUUUCCGUCAGAAUCGACCUGCAAGAAUCUAACGUACGAAACCUACGUACAAUCUACGGUGUGUCGACCCACGCACCGAACCACGCACCAAAUCUCUGGAUUUGGUCUCGCAGAUACGUUAGUGUAAGCGUCCUAACGAAAACCUUCCCUUUCGACACCUCACCUCAUUCCUUCGAUAUCCGACACAUAUCGAGCCUCAGAUCAACUUUGAUUCAAGCCAAGAAUCAUCAAAAAUGGCAGGACAAAGUGGCAACGAUACCGACCAGGCGAUGACAGAAAAGAAGACACUCGACGCUACCGUCAAGGCGAAGAUAAAAGAAUAUACGAACACAUACGAUUCACGUCUGUUAAGAGCGUUCAAACAAGACUUCGAUAAGUGGACUUUGAAUAACUUCAAUACCGUGUCCGUCACCGAACUCGGGAAACUAGUUGAUUUGCUUCAAACCAACGGUGUAUAUGUUACCAACGAUGAACAGGAUGAUGAAGCUGAAAAACUCUAUACUCUACUCUCUACAGAAAAAUAUCGCCCAUGGACUAAGGAGGAAGUCAUUCGCCACCUCAGACAAGGCAAUACAAUUGAGUCGAAGGUACUCAAUGAUCAAUUCGAAACAGUAAUCAAUACAUAUAAUCAACCCUCAAACUACGGCACUAAUGAGGCACAAAACCAAACUGGAGAGGGACCCCUCACAAGAUCUCGAAGUCAACAACAACUCCAAUAUCUUUCACCCCGGCAACAAGAUACGAUACACCACAAGAUCAAAGUCAAUGGGCGCGAAUUGAGCCAGAGCCAUCAGAUGAAGUCCAAUAAGCCCCAAAUUUGGCUAUCUUCGCACCGUCAACAUAAUCCAUUUCUCAGGCACUUGUUCAACUCACGAAGAUAUAUUCAGACAACCAAAAGUACGGUGGAAAUGAGGAUUCCUACAGGUCAAAGCUUCGAAUCUUUAACGACUACUGUGAACGAAGCAAGUGACCGUGACCCCGUUGAAGGAAUUCGUGCCUAUUUCGAAGGCCCAGAAUAUUAUCGAACCGUACUGGAUAAGUGGAGCGGAAUUUCACUUCAAAAUACAAUCGAUGAGAACCCAGAGAAGACAUUAAAAGCGUGUCUCAACAUGAUGCUAAUAGAACUUGCAAGUUUAUAUAACCGCCUAGCUCUAAAACUACGCAACGAAGAAUUUUACCUUGCAAGACUUUUACAGGCAACUUUAUUACAACCAACAGUCACGCUCGCCCUCUCAAGGCCAUUCACCACGACAGCGCUCCAAUCAAAGAGGCAGGAAAAAUUAACACGUCACACGCCCAAGGAAAGAGCGGAUUCGAAACGCCAUUAUUUGGACCACUUUAACAAGCGUAUUGAUCAAUAUAUUACUGACUACAAGGGCACAGAGGAUGACGAUGAGGAACUGCCAGAGGAACUCUUAUCAGCUGCUAAUAACCUUAUUCUGACAGACGAUUACAAAUCCAGACCUACACACAAUGCCUUGUCAACCCUGUUCACAGCCACAUUCUUUAUAAUGUACAACGACAACGACACGAACCAUGGUCCGUCAAUAACCAUGGAACUAGUAAACCGUUCCGCUUCGCACUGGAUUGCCUCACUAUUCCUGAAGCCUGACUUGGAAACUAAUUCAUACAAAACCAACAAAGCAACUCUUAAGGUUCUGACCCCCAAGUCAAGUCACGUCUAUCUAAAUGAGGGCCGCUAUUCGUCAGAAAGCUUUAAGGGUAUUGUUAUCGACACUAGCGCCACGCAACUCUCUACAGCUGGAUAUGGGUAA